CGGCACUCGUAUUAAUAUAGUUGUACACUAUUGCAGGGUGCGGACAUAGCAACGCGCUCAUUCACUUGCACCACUUUCUUGCACGCGAACAAACUUGUUAGUCGGACACAGUCCCUUUUUUCAUCUGCCAAAUGAAGUUUAUGUGAUCGCCAUGGCUCCUGUUAAUGACAGCACGAAGCGGAAAGCCUCAGAAGAUGCUGCCUCGGCGCUCUCAAAGAGGGCUCGGACUGAGUCUCCUGAUCCUGAACAAGUCACAAAGCGAGAAGAGGAAGUACUGAGACUAACUCUACGAUUAUCUAGUCCGAAGCGGAUCCUCCGAUCACCCCUACACCAGUCGACUUCCCAGUCGACUUCCCAGACAAGCCUGCGGUCGCCGAGGAGAAACAGGGAUUGAUCGAAUUCAGAGUGGUGAACAAUGACAAUUCGCGCGAGAGCAACAUCAUCCUCACUGGGUUGAAAUGUAUCUUCCAGAAGCAGUUGCCAAAGAUGCCCAAGGACUACAUCGCACGACUGGUCUAUGACAAGACUCACUUGUCCAUUGCCAUAGUAAAGCAGCCUCUCGAGGUCGUGGGUGGCAUCACUUACCGACCCUUCAACUCGCGCAAGUUCGCCGAGAUUGUCUUUUGCGCCAUCUCUUCGGAUCAGCAAGUCAAAGGCUACGGCGCUCAUCUCAUGGCUCACCUGAAGGACUACGUCAAAGCGACCUCUCCGAUCAUGUACUUCCUCACCUACGCCGACAACUACGCUAUUGGCUACUUCAAGAAGCAAGGGUUCACCAAGGAAAUCACGUUGGACAAGUCGAUCUGGAUGGGAUACAUCAAGGACUACGAAGGUGGAACGAUCAUGCAAUGUAGCAUGCUGCCCAAGAUCAGGUACCUCCAGGCCCCACGCAUGUUGCAGAAGCAGAAGGAAGCAGUCAUGGCGAAGAUCCGGGCUGUAAGCAAGUCGCAUAUUGUCCACCCUCCCCCUGCGCAGUGGAAGGACGGCAUUUGCGAGAUCGACCCAAUGUCCAUUCCUGCGAUCAAGGAAUCGGGUUGGUCUCCUUCAAUGGAUGAGCUAUCGCGCCAACCUCGCCAUGGUCCCAACUACAACCAACUCCUUCAUCUUCUCAACGACAUGCAGAAUCAUACCGCAGCCUGGCCGUUUGCUCAGCCGGUGAACAAGGACGAAGUUCCCGACUACUAUGAGGUGAUCAAGGAGCCCAUGGAUCUGUCGACUAUGGAGGAUCGCUUGCAGAACGAUCUCUAUCCGCGACCAGAAGACUUCAUCAGAGAUGCCAAGCUCAUCUUCGACAACUGUCGCAAGUACAACAACGAGAACACGCCCUAUGCGAAAAGCGCCAACAAGCUCGAGAAGUUCAUGUGGCAGCAGAUCAAGAACAUCCCGGAGUGGUCGCAUCUGGCCGAGUGAUUCACACAGCCGGACUCCACCACCCUCCAUUGGGAUGGUCAUUAUGGGCACAUUUGAUUCGGGAUUUGCACGGCGUUGGAGGGAACCAACCUGGCGUAGAACCGGAUGGUUGGUUGGUGGUUUUCAAGUUGCUGCUUUUAUGAUACCCCGAACCGUUAGCUAUGAAGUGACGAGACAGUAAUCAAAAGCCAGCGGAGCGCCGUCUCGGUACUAUGGCUUCAGUCAGUA